UGCUACCGCCUCGUCGUGCUGGGCAGCGCGCGCGUCGGCAAGACCGCCAUCGUCUCGCGGUGAGUCUGAUCCAGAGUCCGCGACCGCGAGUGCCCCCCCGACGAGACUCCGGUCCGCUUUUGUCCGCAGGUUCCUCGCCAACAAGUUCGAGGAGAGCUACACGCCGACGAUCGAGGACUUCCACCGCAAGCUCUAUCGCAUCCGCGGGGAGAUCUACCAGCUGGACCUGUUGGACACGAGCGGGAACCACCCCUUCCCGGCCAUGCGCCGCCUCUCCUUCCUGACGGGCGACCUCUUCGCGGUCGUCUUCGCCAUGGACAGCAGGGAGUCCUUCGAGGAGGCCAUCCGGCUGCGGGAGGCCAUCCUGGAAACCAAGACGAGCGCGGCGCAGGGCGCCGGCAAGGCGCGCGGCAGGGGCGGCCACCACGGGCCCCGGGUGCCCAUGGUCCUCGUGGGCAACAAGUGCGAUCGGGACGUCAAGGCCGUCGCCCCGGACGAGGCCCAGCGGUACUGCGCGACCCAGGACGACUGCUGCGUUUUCGUCGAAGCCUCGGCCAAGAGGAACCACCACGUCGACGAGCUCUUUUACCGGCUAUUCGUCGUGGCGGGCCUGCCCCUGGAGAUGGCCCCCGACCACCACCGGAAGGUGCCGCUCAACUUUGGCUCGCCGACGAUGCUGCCCCCGCCCCAGCCGAAGCACAAGGCCACCCUGAGUAUAAAGCGCCGGCUGAGCGACGCCUGCGGCGUCGUCGCGCCCAACGUACGUCGGCCAAGCAUUCGGACCGACCUGAUGAUCAUGAGGACCAAGACCUGCGCCCUCGGGGCCACGGCCGCGACCGAGGGCGCCGCCUCGCCGCGGACCUCCGACUCGGCGAGGACGUGCUCGAUCCAGUGACUCGCCGGGGGAUGUCCUCGCCGCCGCGUACCCCGCUCCGGGGCGAGGACUCGACGCGGGUUCCGCCGCGCGGAGAUCGGACCUUGCCGGCCAGGAGCUUCGGUUCGAACGUUUCACAUGUCGGAAUAUGCGAAAUAAAGCGAAACCCUUCCAAGAGUC